CUCUGAUACAUGAGAGUUUCUCUCCCUUCCAAGAAAGUUCCUGUCUUUCUUCUCUUCAGUCUUCAAGGCUCUUACUAUUCUCCUAUUUAACAGACCAGCUCUGCAUCUUUCUCAAAAGGCUUCCCUCCUCUGCCCUUCUUUCCUUUUAUUUCCUCUUAAGGUCUAUCUCUUUGAGUUACGUUAAGUCUUGUUUCCUGGUGCUUCUCUUCUUCAUUUCGACUAUUCUAUCCCUCAAGUUUUCACUUUUGGUUGAAUUGGUUCAUUCUCUGGUAUUUGCUUCUCUUUUGUUUCUUUAAACUUUCCUUUUGUAAUCUGUGUGAUGCGUUUGUUUAUGUUUCUUUUUAAUAUGUUCCCUUUUCUAUGGUGAUUUUGUGAUCUUAUUUUAGAUACCAGAAGUUUGAAUCUUGAAAGGUCUAGUCUAGAGAUCACCAUAAGGUUGCUCCUUUGAUGCAUAGCUUAUCUGUUAUUUUAUCAAAUUCCAAGGCUUUCUAGUCUGUAGUGUAUCUUUUCUUAGUGAGAUAGAUAAAUUCACCUUCCUUUUAUCUUGGAAUAGAUAAAUUAGAGAUAGGUGUUUUCAGGGUUUGACUUUUUUCCUGUUCUGGGUUGUAGGUUUGGGUUUUUUUGAUGGUCAUGGAUCCAAAAUUCACUGAAUUCACUGAUUAUAUAAACGGUUUUAGAGUUGAAGAUGAUACACAUCUAUUCACUUCUGGUCAGUACCCGAAUUUCACAAAUGGACUAGAAUUUAAUGUCCCUUCUCCAGAUCUUGGCUUUAUGAGUGUGAAUGUUCCUGUUAUACCUCCUACUCCUGACCCUGGUAUUUCCGUUCCACCUAUUUCUGUAAGUUCGGAUGGGAGCUCGUUUUCUGCGUCCACGGGCUGGAGCCCAGAUGGGGAGUCUUCCUCACCUUCUGAUGACAGUGACUCCACGGAUCCAGUUCUCAAGUACAUAAGGCAGAUGCUUAUGGAAGAGAACAUGGAGGAUAAGCCUUACAUGUUUAAUGAUUAUUUGGCUCUUGAAGACACUGAGAAAUCAUUAUAUGAAGUCCUUGGCGAGCAAUAUCCUCCGACUAAUCAACCCCAACCUUUUCUCAAUGUGAAUGUGGAGAGUCCCGAUAGUAAUCUUUCUGGUAAUAGCCGUGAUUAUGGUAGUAACAGCAAUUCUAGUACAAGUAUUGGCACCAGUAAUGGGACUAGUAAUUAUGUUGAUCACUGGGGGGUUGGUGAAGCCGUAGAGCAUGCUCCUUCGUUGUUACAAGCUCCUCUUUCUGGUGAUUACCAUUUCCAGUCCACUUUGCAACAGCCCAGUUCACAAUUUUCUGUCAAUUCAACUAAUAGCUUGAGUAACAUGGGUAAUGGGUUGAUGGAAUCUUCUGUUAGUGAGCUUCUAGCUCAGAACAUCUUCAGUGAUAAGGAAUCUGUCUUGCAGUUCCAGAGAGGGUUUGAAGAAGCCAGUAAAUUCCUCCCUAGUAGUAAUCAACUAAUUAUUGACCUAGAGAGCAACACAUUCCCUAUGGGGCAAAAGGGGAGGGUUCCAAACCUUGUAGUCAAGGUGGAGAAGGAUGAGAGGGAGAACUCACCGGAUGGAUUGAGGGGUAGGAAGAAUCAUGAACGAGAUGAUGGAGAUUUGGAAGAAGAGAGGAGUAACAAGCAAUCAGCCGUUUAUACAGAAGAGAGUGAUUUGUCAGAUAUUUUUGAUAAGGUGUUACUCUGUACUGAUGGAAAAGCUAUGUGUGGUUUCAAUAAAACUGUGCAGCAGGGAGAAACCAAAACCUUGCUGCAAAAAGAACAAUCAAAUGGAUCCAGUGUUGGGAAAACUCGUUCCAGAAAACAGGAGAAGAAGAAAGAAACAGUGGAUUUGAGAACUCUUCUAAUUCUCUGUGCGCAAGCUGUUUCUGCUGAUGAUCGUAGGACUGCUGGUGAACUGCUAAAGCAGAUUAAAGAGCACUCGUCCCCUCUUGGUGAUGGAACUCAGAGGUUGGCCCAUUUCUUUGCAAAUGGCCUUGAGGCACGCUUGGAUGGCAGUGGUACUGCAAUUCAAAAUUUAUAUUCUUCCCUAGCUUCCAAGAAGACUACAGCUGCUGAUAUGUUGAAAGCUUACCAAGGGUAUCUUUGUGCUUGUCCAUUUAAGAAGCUACCAAUUUUCUUUGCAAACAAAACGAUUUGCCACAUGGCUGAGAAAGCAAGCACCCUUCAUAUUGUAGACUUCGGUAUCCUGUAUGGUUUCCAAUGGCCCAUUCUUAUCCAGCAUCUCUCGAAGAGACCUGGUGGGCCUCCUAAGCUACGCAUAACUGGAAUAGAGAUUCCUCAACGUGGUUUCCGCCCAGCAGAAAGAAUUGAGGAGACAGGUCGUCGCUUGGAAAGGUAUUGCAAGCGCUUUGAUGUUCCAUUUGAAUACAAUCCAAUAGCAGCUCAAAACUGGGAAACCAUCCAAGUAGAGGACAUCAAGAUUAAUAGCAAUGAGAUGCUUGCUGUAAAUUGUCUUUUUCGGUUUAAGAAUCUACUGGAUGAGACAGCUGGGGUGGACUGCCCAAGGAAUGCUGUUCUAAAAUUGAUCAGGAAAAUGAACCCUGAUAUUUUUGUUCACUCUAUAAGCAAUGGAUCUUAUAAUGCUCCCUUUUUUCUUACAAGGUUCAGGGAGGCUCUAUUCUCUCUCUCUGCAAUAUUUGAUAUGUUUGAAAAUACAUUACCUCGUGAAGAGCCAGCAAGGUUGUUAUUUGAGAGGGAGUUUUAUGGGCGGGAAGCCAUGAAUGUUGUAGCAUGUGAGGGCUCGGCGAGGGUUGAGAGGCCAGAGACGUACAAGCAAUGGCAGGUUCGGACAAUAAGGGCAGGGUUCAAGCCACUUCCAUUGAACCAGGAACUGAUGGAGACAGUUAGAGCUAAGUUGAAGUCUUGGUACCACAAAGAUUUUGUAAUUGAUGAAGACAACCACUGGAUGCUGCAGGGAUGGAAGGGGAGGAUUCUUUAUGCUUCUAGCUGUUGGAUACCUGCACAGGAAUCUUGACCCGAAAAACUGAGAACAUGACUAAGAUAAUCUUUCAGAAAACGACCGGCGAUGAUAACUUCAACAUAUGGGCAAAGCAGGAGAUUGUUGUUUGUAGAACAGUACAUAGUGAUUCUGUUACUUUGUGAUUCGAUGGUCUGUGAGAAGAUUGUGAAGGGGGAAGGCAGGGAUCCAACUUCUUUUCUUUUCGGUGUACUAUGAAUGAAGCAUUGAAGAUUCAUUGCCAAAGGACAAAAGCAGAGGAUGGCCUCCAAAUACAAACACAUUGGGUUAGGAACUCGAUUCCUUUGCAUAACUCACAUUUGUCAUUGUUGGAUGUCAAUACGGUCGGUUUUUUUUUUUAUAUAUGAUUGAGGGAGGGAAUCCAAUCCUGCUCUUUUGGUACAAAUGUUCGGAUGCACCCAUACGAUCGAUUUAGUCGGUUUAAUGUUAAAAAUUUGUAAAUCAAAACAAUCAAAUUUAUUCAUUCGAAAAAUU